AUGGAGCCUCGUACGGCAGCGCUGAGGCUCUUCACAUUUUUUUUGGAGGUGUACACUGCGGCCCCAGAAGUUGUCAAGAGGUUCAAUCCCAAGUUUCGUCUGCUGCUUGACGCAUGUGGUGCGGCAAAUGUUGAUGUGGUGCCCUUCAUCUUGGACAGCCAUGACAGUUCAGAGAAUCAUUUACCGCUCGGGACUGUAGAUCUGCAUCAAAGAGAUGACUCCGGAGAUACGCCGAUCCUCGCGGCUGCGGGGUCGCUGAUGGUACCGCUCCAGUCCAGGACAACAAAGGGUCACACGCAUGAUGUCGCCACGCUCCACCUAGCAGCUAGCGGACCUGGAGAGUUUGACUAUAGACUCCUGGAUAAGCAGCUCAGAAUCACAGAGACCCUUCGGCUACUCCUCGACCAUGAUUCCACUGGUAUCAACCUUGUGUUGACAACACUGGAUCCACGCCGUUGCACUAUGCUGCUAUAUGCUACGGCUGACCCUCGGAUCCCCGAUGGCUCGGGCUGUACUAUCCUGCAUUUAUUAGGGUACCACUCCCAUCAAGGUGACCCCGUCAACACCACGCUCCUGGAUUUAAUCCUGUCUCAAGGUGCCAAUAUCAAUCAUACCGAGAACUAUGGGAAAACUGCAUUGCACGCCUUUGCUCAGAAUUUGCGACAGGUCUCAGCCGCAAAGUUCUUGAUUGAGCACGGAACGGAUUUCCGGGUUCGGAAUACUCUCCAGGAGACGCCCUUUCAUACGGCAGCGCGGGGGUUUUUGAAUGAUCAUAUACACCGUGAUGGGAGAGAUGAGGAAGUGACAGCUGCGAACAAGGUCAGACUUCAGGAUGAGAUGCUGCGUGCUCUGAUGGAUGCUGCCGGGGAAGACACCGCUAUUUUAAUGAGCCAACCAAAUGCGGAGGGUAAAACUCCGCAGGACCUAUUGGAACCAGACGUAGGUGGCAGGGAAUAG